AUGACUUCACUGCACACCCCUGUUUCAAGACAUGUUGCCACUGUGGUCUCAGGGACAGAACUCGCUCAUCAGAACCAUAAAGAAGUCCAGAGUGAUAUUGCAAAGCUAUUGGCCCAAGGCAACAGGAGACCUCAUCUUAGUGUUAUUCUAGUGGGAGAUGAUCACACUUAUGAUAACAUGACCAAAAAAGCUUCACUACUUGUCAUGUCAAGCAGCACAAUCUUCAGGCCACCAUCAGUAUCUCAGGAAGAACUGCUCGAACUGAUAGACAAAUGUAAUUGUGACAGGAGCAUCAGUGGGUUACUGGUUAAACUCUGUCUUCCAGAGCACAUCAAAGAGAGAGCCAUAUGCAAUGCUGUCGCCCCUGAAAAAGAUGUUGAUGGAUUCCACAUAGUAAACACUGGGAAAGUCUGCUUGGACCAGAGAUGCAUGGUACUGGCCGCAGCAGCUACAGUGUGGGAAAUCAUUUGUGUGCCUCACUUAAUAACAGCAGAUAUGGUAAAAAAGGGAGCUGCACUUAUUGAUGUUGGCAUCAACCGUAUCCAGGAUCUAGAAACUGGUGAACUUCGUCUUGUCAGAGAUGUGGAUUUUGCAGCAGUGAAGGAGAAGGCUGGAUUUAUCACUCCUGUGCCUGGUGGAGUUGGUCCAAUGACCAUCGCCAUGGUGAUGAAGAACACAGUCACUGCAGCCAAAAAUGCCCCAACAUACUGA